UCCUCAAUCUUCUCCUUUAUUAUUGUUUUUGAAGUUUCUCGUCUUUUCGCUUCGUGUUUCGUGCUGUGAGAGAAAAGAAAAUAAUUUUACAAGCAGAGAUAGCUGACAACCGGUGAGCACGAGAGAAAAGAUAGCUCGAAAAUUUUGAAAUCCAAGAGACUUCUAAAAACUCUAGAAAAAACGUGCCAAAAAGUAUUCUGUCUAAAGUCUGAGGGACCAAGAAGAACUUGACAUGGAGUUGAGUGAAGAACAGCUUCAGGCGUCGCAAAAAGUCACCGAUAAUGAUAGUGCAGGACUGCAGGCGAUUCUUUCCAAUAGGAAAUUUGACAUCGACUUUGUCGACUCGAAUGGAAUGACACUCCUGCAGCACGCCGUGUACAAAGGAAAUAAGGAAAUUGCCCAGCUCCUUAUUGAUCAGGGUGCUGAUGUGAACUCUGGCAAACACGAGCACAACUACUCAGCUUUGCAUUUUGCAGCUCUUUCCGGCAAAGAAGAGGUUUGCUCGUUGCUUUUGCAGCACGGUGCCAAAAGCCAAGCAUUCAACUCAGUGAAGCGCACACCAGCUCAGAUGGCUGCGUUUGUCGGAAAUCAUGGUUGUGUGGCAGCCAUAAAUAAUUUCAUCCCUCGGUCCGAAAUCGAUUAUUUCAUUACUCCCAAAGGACUUGAGAAAGAACCAAAACUUGACCCCUCCCUUGCUGAUCCUCUACACAAAUUUGUGAUGCAAGUCAAUAUACAUCCAGUUGGUGUGCUGAUGUAUCUUCAAAACAGCAGGUCACUAGUUGAGAAUCACAAACAGGUGAAAUCAGUCCUUGGUCUCAUGUGCGAAAAAGAGAUGAAGCGGGGCUCCGAAACUAAUGAGGUUCUAUCAUUCAAAUUCCACUGGCUCUUGAGUGUUCUCGAGGAAAUAGCCAUGGCCGAAGAGUCCGAAGCGAGGGAGAAGGACAAGGACAGGGAUGUUUUAGACAUUUGCAUAAAGAAACUCAUCAAGCCGACUGGUUUGGACCAAUUUGUCAGAAUUUCCGUUCGUCGAUUUCCUUUUAUGGAAUGCACCCUUUUCAUGCAAAUUGCCAAUGGGAUUGCCUCUGCAAUUAAAGAUCCUCACUAUGAGCCAGGCUGCUUGAUUUCCGUGGUCACUUCUGCAAUUAACGGUCACCGUGGCUUUGCCACCGACUCUCAAUGCAGUGCAUGUGGCAACGAAAAAGCCAACAGGCGAUGCUCUCGAUGCAAGAAGGAGGUUUACUGUGGACCUGAAUGCCAGAAGGUGCACUGGGGUCUGCACAAGAAGACGUGCACUCCUGCUAAAGCGGAGGAUAAAGACAACAAAUCCCUGCAGGACACAGACAAAGCAAACAUCGCUGACCUUGUUUCUCAACAACUUAGUCAGACUCUUGAAGUUAAAUGAUAGUAUUCCAAUUUUAAUAUGAUAUCAUUUUCUGGUGUUCGCUUGAGAAAUUUAAAAAUAAAUAUUAUGCAUUUGUUUCCA